AGACCAAAGCUGUAAAAAGAUGACUCUGGACAAAAACUCCUACCUUAAGAUGAGCGAUGGAAACAAAAUCCCUUUGAUUGGGCUUGGUACCUAUUGCCCUGAUGAAAUUCAAAAAAGCAAGUGUGAGGAGGCUAUAAAGGUAGCCAUCGAGCUUGGCUUCCGCCUUAUCGAUGGAGCCUUCGUCUAUGGGAAUGAAGAGGAAAUUGGACGAGGGAUUAAUGCGAAGAUUGCAGAUGGGACUGUGAAAAGGGAUGAAUUGUUUUACACUGGAAAGCUUUGGGGCACCUUUCAUCGCCCAGAACUUGUCCGGACAAGUGUGGAAGAAUCUCUAAAGAAACUUAAACUUGAUUAUAUGGAUCUCUUUCUUAUUCACAUGCCAUUUCCUCUCAAGCCAGGAGCUGAUCCGCUACCAAAAGAUGAAAGUGGAAAGCUGGUCUUCGACGACGUUGACUUGUGUCAAACCUGGGAGGCCAUGGAAUUAUGUAAAGAUGCAGGUUUGGUGAAGUCUAUUGGUGUCUCCAACUUCAACGAGAGGCUUCUGGAGAAGAUCCUGAACAAACCUGGCCUCAAGUACAAGCCUGUUCUCAACCAGGUCGAAUGCCACCCUUAUCUCAAGCAAGCCAAGCUGCUGUCCUUCUGCCAAUCAAAGGAUAUUGUCCUGGAAGCUUUCUCUGCUUUAGGAUCACAGAGAGACGAGGCUUGGAUGGACACAAGCACGCCAGUUCUUCGUGAGGAACCAGUACUGGUUGACCUUGCUAAGAAGCACAACCGAAGCCCAGCGCUCAUUGCCUUGCGCUACCAGUUGCAGCGUGGCAUUGUGGUUCUGGCCAAGAGUUUCACCAAAAAACACAUUAAAGAAAACCUCCAGGUAUUUGAUUUCCAGAUGCCUGAAGAGGACAUGAAAACCCUCAAUGGCCUCAAAAGAAAUGUUCGCUACAUGAAACUGACAGGGUGA